GUAAACAAAAAAAAAAAAAAAAUUGUAAAUAAAUAAACAAACAAACAAUGACAAAUAAUAAUAUAAAAAAACCUUGGAAAAAAAAUCUUUAUGAAAAUCGUGAUUUACCUGAUAAUUAUACAGACAGUACAUUUUUAGAUGAGCUAAGAAAAAAUAUAAAACCAAAUAAUGUAACUGGUUUUGAAGCAUUGACACUUGGUGCAAGUAUAUCAAUACAGCUGAGUAUUGUUAUUUUAUUUGUCAUGGUUUUUAUAUGGUUCAACAAUAAUUGGAUUGAUCCAGAUUCAAUAUUUAUUUUAUCAGCAUUACCAACAAUAACUGGAUAUAUAUAUUCUACUUAUAAAUUACCAGAUAUGUCUGAUCGUCUUGUUAAAGAUUUUCGUACUGCAUUGAUAUUUUUAUGUUUUGGAUAUAUAUUGUCACCAGUAUUAAAAACACUUACUGAAACAGUAAGUACAGAUACAAUUUAUGCAAUGACAAUAUUUAUGUUUUUGAUACAUUUAAUAUUUAGUAAAUAUGGUUCACCACAAGUAUCAUUAUCUGAUUCUUUAUCAAUAACAUCAUCAAUAUUUGGCUCAUUGAUGCUUGCAUCAAGACUUGCAACACCAAUUCAUGCAUUUUCAUUACUUACUGUUGCUGUACAAUGUUUUGUAUUAUUACCAUUUUUACUUGCUAAAAUUGAUGGUAAAAUAAUAAUAUCAAUAAUAUUAAUAUUAAUAACUAUUUAUUAUUUAAUUAUUAUAUCGCAAAUAUUAACUUAUGUUUUUAUUGCUGUGACGAUAUUUGUUCAUAUUAUUUGUCCAUUUUGGUAUGUUAAAUGGCAAAAAUAUAAAGAUAAUAUUUAUGGACCUUGGGAUGAAGCUGUUAUUAAAAAAUAA